AUGUCAAAGCAUAAAGAGAUAUCUCUGAAUCAGCUUUCGACGUUAGGAGAUGCAUGUUGGAAAAUGGACCUCACAGCUAUUCAUAAAAUCUUGGUGAUGGCAGAAGAUGAUAAGGAACUCGUCGAGUUCUCUUUCGAAAAAUGGUUAGAAGAGAUAAUAGAUAUUCAAGAUGUUCGAAAAGGCGGUGAUCAAGCCUUUCUAAAGCAAGACUUUGAAACUGCCAUUGACUGUUAUUCUCAGUUAAUUAAAUCUAGAAGAAUGGUGUACCCGAGUGUUUAUGCUAGGCGUUGUCUAUGCUAUUUGUUCUACAAUAAACUAGAUAAAGCCCUCUACGAUGGGAUGCUUGCACAGCAAUUAUUCCCUGAUUGGCCAACGGCCUUCUAUUUUCAGUCUGUGGCACUAUCCAAAUUAAACAUGAUCACGGAUUCUGCUGAUACUCUGAAAGAAGCAACUCAUCUUGAAGCAAAGAGAGCAUCAUGA